GAUUGGUCUAGAUGAUUGGGAUAAAUGGUGAAGGAAACAUUCCAACAGCUGCAAGGAUGUUUAACCUUCCGUGGCACACAAAGUUCCUUCUGUUAUUCCUCUUCAUAGCACAAAUAGUUGCAAAAAGUACACCACCACCAAAAGCUGAAUUUAAGAAAGAUGAAGUUUUUACGAGGGCUUUAUUUCCAACCUCGACUGUACCUGCAGAAGAACUUGGGACUGAUAAUUCAGGUCUUUCCUCUGAGAGUUCCACAUUGAAGUCAACAUCUCUACGUUUAUUUGACACCUUUCCAACUGUACCGCCUUUUGAAGAUAAUGGAAAUUUUACUAUUGAUUCAGAUGAGUUCCUUUUUAAUUGCUGUGACUGCUGUCCUCCAGUACCAGGACAAAAAGGUGAACAGGGAGAACCUGGCGAAGCAGGGCCUCCAGGUGAAAAAGGAGACCAGGGGAUAGCAGGUCUCCCUGGAUCCCCAGGUCAAACUGGUAUCAAGGGUGCUGUUGGAGAAAAAGGGUCAAAAGGGGACCGUGGUCUCGAUGGAUUUGAUGGACUUCCAGGAUUUAUCGGAAAACCAGGGGAAAAAGGUGAGCAAGGAGCUAAAGGCGAUAAAGGGAACAUUGGUUUUCCAGGAUUUAAAGGAGAUAAAGGCGAUAAGGGAGGUCCCUGUGAAAAUGGUACCAAAGGAGAAAAAGGGGAGCAAGGUGAUGUUGGCAAAAUGGGGUUAACUGGAGAAAAAGGUGAGAAAGGUGAGAGAGGAGAGAUAGGAGAAAAGGGAGAAUGCGGGGACGUUGGUGAAAAGGGUGAUCGUGGAGAUUCAGGGGCAGAAGGUGACAAAGGUGAUAAAGGAGAAAAAGGUGAUCCAGGGAAUGAUGGCAUUAAUGGAAGUGAUGGAUUGAGGGGGGAAAAGGGAAAUGAUGGACAAAAAGGAGAUAAGGGGGAUCAUGGACCACAGGGACCCAAAGGAUCACUAGGGCCAAAAGGAAAAGAUGGUCGCAAAGGUGCUCGUGGUCGAAAGGGCAUGCGAGGACUAAGAGGUUUGCCAGGAAACAAAGGUGAGGAUAUAAAGAUCAUGCCAUCUGCAUUUAGUGUGGGAUUAUUGCCAAGUAAGUCCUUCCCUCCAGUUGGGAUCCCAAUAAAAUUUGAAAAAGUGUUUUAUAAUGAACAAAAUGUCUACAAUCCAGAAACUGGAAAAUUUCACUGCAGCAUUGGAGGUGUUUAUGUGUUUUCUUACCAUUUGACUGUGAGAAGUAGACCUAUACGAGUUAGUCUGGUAAAAAAUGGAACUCGUACCUUGAAGAGUAGAGAUGCAAUUUUUGGUCAAGAUAUAGAUCAGGCAUCUGGCCUGGUUAUUCUAAAGUUAAAACCCAAUGAUCAAAUUUGGUUGAUGAUAACCCGAGACUGGAAUGGCAUUUUUGCGAGCAAUGAUGAUGAUAGUACAUUUACAGGGUUUCUUUUGUAUCCAGAGUAAGCUUCACAUUGUAUGAAAUAAAUCUGUUAUCUUGCAACAACCUGGAUCCCCUUUUGAAUGUACUUUUAGUUUAAGAUUUGGUCCUUGCUCAGACAAUAAAUGAAACAGUAUAUUUGAAAUAAUCAAAAAUGAACUUAAUUUUGUUGAUUUUUGUUUAAAGUAACU